GCGUGGGAAUCCCAUCGGAGGUUCUGCGGGGAGAAGCCUGGAGGCUCCGCCUUCUCCACCGCGCACACUCGUUCUUCCUUUCAUUGCUACCUCUUGCGGACUCCACUUGUCAGGACUUUCUUUACCCUAGCCUUCGGACUUUCUAAACCCCAGCCCUCUUCGUCAUUUGUCUCUGGGCAGUUCUGCCCCAAGUAGGUUAGUGCCUGGUGCAAAGCCGCACCAGAGGACCCAGGCGCCCCCUAGCGGUCAUAGUGAAAGCGCGGGGCUAAAUAGGCUGCGCGCUGCCCUCGGUCCCGGGACGGAAACCAGUGCCCCAGGCGGCAAGGAGCUUGGCGCCUCUCAAAGAUGCUGAGGUCUGGCGAAGUCCACACGGGAACGACCAUCAUGGCAGUGGAGUUUGACGGAGGUGUUGUAGUGGGUUCUGACUCCCGGGUGUCUGCAGGAGAGGCGGUGGUAAACCGGGUGUUCAAUAAGCUGUGUCCACUACAUGAACGCAUCUACUGUGCCCUCUCUGGGUCGGCCGCGGACGCCCAAGCCAUGGCUGACAUGGCCUCCUACCAACUGGAGCUCCAUGGGUUGGAACUGGAAGAAUGUCCGCUUGUCCUAUCUGCUGCCAACGUGAUAAGGAAUCUCUCUUAUAAAUAUCGGGAGGACCUGUCUGCACAUCUCAUAGUAGCUGGCUGGGACCAACGUGACGGGGGCCAAGUGUAUGGAACCCUGGGAGGAAUGCUGACUCGCCAGCCCUUCACCAUCGGUGGCUCCGGCAGCACCUACAUCUAUGGUUAUGUGGAUGCGGCAUAUGAGCCAGGCAUGUCCCCUGAGGAGUGCAGGAGUUUCACCACCAAAGCUAUCACUCUGGCCAUGAACCGGGAUGGCUCCAGUGGGGGUGUCGUCUACCUGGUCACCAUCACAGCUGCUGGCGUGGACCAUCAAGUAAUCUUGGGUAAUGACCUGCCGAAAUUCUAUGACAAGUGAAUCUUCCUCAUACCUCCUUUCCUUUCCUUAUUUUGUAAUAAACUCUCUGGUUUAUUCUGGGACCAGCAUCUGGUGUGGUCAAGGGAAAAUGGGUGCUCAAGGAGAUGAAACCUGGGGGAGAGGGCUUCUUCCCUCCCGGAAGCUAGAUACCCUUUCUUAAUGUGUUCAUUCACAUUAAAGAUCAAUACAUGA